CGUCCAAUUUUCAAUCCAAUAAUUUGCAAUUAAAUCAGUGGAAUUUGCGACGGCACGCACCCGUCACGCGGUCAUUGGAUGAAAGAUAAAUACAAAUAAAAGAAUUUUCGUUGAUCCCGGAGACGAGGAGAUCAGUCUCUCGUCGAGUUCCAUCGAUUCAAGAGUUAUUAUUCCCCUGCGUUCACCGGUUUUCCGCCAUUUGUGCAGAAUGACGUCUGUCUCUGGGAGUGUUGAACCGGUCGAGAAGGAGGUCAAGGUGAAGGAGAGUGUGACCUUGGGAGACAAGAGAUGUGAAAAAUCCACUGGUGAUGCUGUCAAGGGGACAACUGUUGCUCCUGGUGUACCACCAGCACGUGUCAAGAAAAUUCCAAUUAUUCUUCCUGUCGCUAAGUCACUACCUGCGAAGGUUCCGGUGCCUCACAAGGUCCGUCAAAAUCUUCUUCAGGAGCAAUCGUAUACCCUGAAGCCCCUGGUCCUGGCGACUCACCUGGUGCCUUCACUUCCCAUCGAACUUUUCGAGAUUGUUGCAGAGAUCAUUGAAUUCUCCACUCAAACUCCAGUUGUUUUGAUUCACGAGUCCAGGGUGAAUCGUCCGGUGGCCACCGGCAUCGUCGACAUAGCUUUUUUGCCGGCGAGUCAGGAGUGGAAGGAUGGGAAUCUCCUGCCGAUUGGCCUCGUCUUCGAGCAUCGGCUGAACAUAAAAAAUGAUCCUGGAGUUUACGCUGAUAUCGUCGUGGCCCAGGACAUCGCAGAGCACAUCGAAGAUAUCACUGACCUUCGUGGGUACAAGGUGGCCCUCCCAGGGAGGCACACGAAGAUCGGAGGUGUGGGAUUGCUGUUCAAUUACCUCAAGUCCAAGGGAGAGAAUCCUUCAUUCUUCGGGAACACUUUAGAUUGCGAGACCCAAGUGGCAGCUCUCCAGAUGGUCGCAGGAAAGCAGACGGAGGUCGGAGUCCUGGAGGCUCCAGUGGUAAAUUGUCACCGAGACAACCUCCCAGGUGUUCACGCCCUUCUGAUUCUGGACAGUCUGGGCCCCCUGCCCCCGUACCAGAUCAUGCUGAACGGAAAACUCCCGCAAACAACUGGAGAUCAGAUAAAAAAAGGAUUUCUCACAGCAAAAUCCAAUCCCCAGUGGCUCGACAGAUUUAAAUCCUUCGGAAUUCUGGGAUUCACCGAGUACUCAAAGAACAAUUACGACAUUGAGGAAAUGAAGACAGCAAUUACAACAGUUCGUUAUUACUGAAAAAAAAAAGAAUUCGGG